AUCUCAAAUGGCAAGCCUGCAGAUUUGUCUCUUGAACCAUAAAAAAAUCAUCAUCUGUUUAAGUACUCUACUUUUCUCAAUUGGGUUUGGAUCAUGUGGUAGUGAUCAAACACUAAGCAGGAGGACUGCUGCCUUGUUCAUCUUUGGUGACUCCACAGUUGAUCCUGGCAACAACAAUCACAUCACCACCAUUCCUGAGAACCAAGCACAUUACGAGCCAUAUGGGAAGAAUGGCUUCUUUGAAACUCCCACCGGACGCUUCUCCGACGGUCGAAUCAUCGUAGAUUAUAUAGCUGAAUAUGCAAAGCUGCCACUAAUCCCUCCAUUUUUACAACCAUCAACUGCUGAUUAUGCCAAUGGUGUUAACUUUGCAUCUGGUGGAGCUGGAGUCCUUUCUGAAACCAAUCAAGGAUUGGCGAUUGAUCUUCAAACACAAUUGAAAAACUUUGAAGAGGUGCAAAAAUCAUUGACUGAAAAAUUAGGAGAAGUGGAAGCAAAGGAAGUGAUAUCAGAAGCAGUUUAUUUCAUUAGCAUGGGAAGCAACGAUUACAUGGGUGGUUAUUUAGGCAGUCCAAAAAUGCAGGAACAAUAUAACCCUGAACAAUUUGUGGGAAUGGUCAUUGGAAACUUGACACAGACAAUUCAAGCGUUAUAUGAGAAAGGCGGGCGAAAGUUUGCCUUCCUAAGUUUGUGUCCACUAGGUUGCUUGCCUGCCUUUAGAGCUCUGAACAGUAUGAACCCGGAAUCCGGUGGAGGGGGAUGUUUUGAAGCAGCUUCUGCCCUUGCACUAGCACAUAACAAUGCCCUAAAAUCUGUACUCAACAGUCUUCAAUAUAUGCUCAAGGAUUUCAAGUACUGCAACUCCAAUUUUUAUGAUUGGCUCCUUGAAAGAAUAGAGGAUCCCUCCAAAUAUGGUUUCAAGGAUGGAGUGAAUGCUUGUUGUGGAACUGGACCAUAUGGGGGCAUAUUUAGCUGUGGAGGCACAAAGGAAGUUAAGGAUUACCAGUUAUGCGAUAAUGCUGAUGAAUAUAUAUGGUGGGAUUCUUUUCAUCCCACUGAGAGGAUCCACAAGCAGCUUGCAAAGGCUCUCUGGAAUGGACCCCCUUCUGAUGUAGGGCCAUACAACCUAGAACAUCUCUUUUCUGAUAAGGAGAAGCUCACCAUUGGCGACGUGGUUGAUGACCCAGAAGCACAGCAAUUUUCACUUCUGAAGUAGUAGGCUAGUAGCAGGACCAUGUAGCUUGACAGUUUUAAGAGCGGCCGCCGGUUGCGGUUUCCUCGUCGGCUGCGUUUUCUUCAUUAGCAGUUGCCAAAAUAACAUGUGCAACAUAGACACAUAUCCAUCCAUCAGCUAUAAAUAAUCUUGGUCUUUUACUAACCAAGGAUAUUAGCAGCUUUUCAGUAUUACUGAGUAUAUUUAAGGCUCUAUUUGGAUACAAAUGACACUCUACGUAUUUAAGUCUAUGUUCAUAU